GUCACGUCGCUUCUCUUCCUCAAAUCGAAAAAGUAGCACGAAGCGGCGCACUGGUUGGGAAAGGAAAGCAGCUACUCGAGUGCAACGAGUGCCUUUUUUUUUUUUUUUUUUUUUGGCCCCCGCCCCGUGCCGUCCGCCUGCGAGGGGGACGGGGCUUCAAUUAAGCCGGCGGAGAUGGAAGCCGCCCCGGUCAAGGCCAAGCCGCAGGGCCGCCUUCUGGUGUCCACGCAGCUCGACGCCAAAGACGAGCUGGAAGAGAAACUGGAGCGUUGCGUCGGAGUGGUGCACUCCUUGACCAAUGGCCUUUCCGAGAGAGAAGCGAACGACGCCCUGACGGCCAAUGUGUGUAAAGGCCAGCAACAGCACGAAGAGGUUUGUCUCGGUCUCUUGGCGCUUCUUCUCACCGAGCCGGCGCAGGCCCAGAGGUGUUACCGAGACCUGACCCUGGUGAACAGAGACGGAAUGAACGUGGUCCUGGUCAAGAUCAACCAGAUCCUAAUGGAAAAGUUCCUCAAGCUGCAAGACGUCCCCAGAAAGCAGUUGGUGUGGCUGGUCAGAGAGUUGGUGAAGAGCGGCGUGAUGGCGACGGACGGCGUGGUCAUGACGCUGCUCAAGCAGAUCGCGGGAGGCGACGUGUCCGCCAAGAACUUGUGGUUGGCCGAGAGCGUCCUGGACAUCCUGCUGGAGCAAAAGGAGUGGCUGGCGAAGAGCGGGAUGCUGAUCGCCAUGUCCGUCUACACGUACCUGCGGCUGAUCGUGGACCACGGCGCCCCCAACCUGCUGGCUCUCCGCCAGAAGGAAGUGGACUUUUGCAUCGGGAUGCUGCGGGAAAAGUUUUUGGAGUGCGUGAUCAUCGGCCGCGAUUUGGUGCGCCUGCUGCAGAACGUGGCUCGCAUCCCCGAGAUGGACCUCCUGUGGAGGGACUUGCUCCACAACCCUCAAGUCCUCAGUCCUCAAUUCACCGGCGUCCUCCAGCUGCUGACGGCCCGGACUUCCCGAAAGUUCCUGGCCUGCCGUCUGACCCCCGACAUGGAGACCAAGCUCCUCUUCAUGACCUCCAGGGUCCGCUUCGGGCAGCAGAAGCGCUACCAAGACUGGUUCCAGCGCCAGUACCUGUCCAUGGCGGAGAGCCAGUCGCUGCGCUGCGAUCUGAUUCGCUACAUCUGCGGCGUGGUCCACCCGUCCAACGAGGUCCUCAGCUCCGACAUCCUACCGCGCUGGGCCAUCAUCGGCUGGCUGCUCACCACCUGCACGUCCAACGUGGCCGCCUCCAACGCCAAGCUGGCGCUCUUCUACGACUGGCUGUUCUUCAACCCUGACAAGGACAGCAUCAUGAACAUAGAGCCGGCCAUUCUGGUGAUGCAUCAUUCCAUGAAGCCUCAUCCCGCCAUCACGGCAACACUGCUGGACUUUAUGUGUCGGAUCAUUCCUCACUUCUUCCCUCCGUUGGAAGUUCAAGUUCGUCAGGGCGUCUUCAACUCGCUCACGUUCAUCAUGGAGAAGCGAGUGCUGGCGCACCUGGCGCCGUUGUUCGACAAUCCCAAGCUGGACCGAGAACUUCGCUCCAUGCUCAGAGAAAGGUUUCCGGAGUUCUGCGGCGCCCCCUCGCCGCCGACAGAAGUGAAAAUGGAGGAGAUGGCGUCUAUGGAGAUGGAGCACAUGUUGGACAAGGAAGAAGGUUGCUACGACAACACGGAAGCCGCCUUCAGCGACGACGAGGAGGAGGUCAACAGCAAAGGAAAGAAGCGCGAGUUCCGCUUUCAUCCCAUCAGAGAGGCCGUCGCGGAGGAGCCCGCCGACAUCACGCCCUGGCUCCACCAAUUGGAGGACACCAUGAGGGACAAGGUGGUCCAGCUGCAGAAGUCCAGCGAUACGGAGACGCAGUGCGAAGUCAUGCAGGACAUCGUGGACCUCAUCCUGGAGGAGGACUUUGACACGGAGCAGAUGUCGGCUUUAGCCUCCUGUCUGGCGGAAAUCUUCAAAGAACAUUUCCGCGGGGACGUCCUCCCCGAAGACAUCACCGACGAGUCUCUGGAGGAGUCGGUGUGCAAGGCGGUGUGUCUGGUCUUCCGCAACUUGGUGACCAUGCAGGAGGACAACAGCGGCUUCUCCGUUCUUCUGGACAUGCUGGCCGAACUUUACCAGAAGCAGCCCAAGAUCGGUUACCACCUGCUCUACUACCUCAAAGCCAGCAAAGCGGCCAACGGCAAGAUGAUGCUGUACGAGUCCUUCGCUCAGGCCACGGCGCUGGGCGACCUUCACACGUGCCUCAUGAUGGACAUGAAGGCGUGUCAGGAGGAUGACGUCCGAUUGCUCUGCUACCUGACGCCCUCCAUCUACUCUGAGUUUCCGGACGAGACGUUGCGAAGCGGCGAGCUGCUCAACAUGAUCGUGGCAGUCAUCGAUUCUACUCAGUUGCAGGAGUUGAUGUGUCACGUGAUGAUGGGCAACCUGGUCAUGUUCCGCAAGGAUUCGGUCCUCAACAUCCUCAUCCAGUCGUUAGACUGGGAGACUUUUGAGCAGUACAGCACGUGGCAGCUUUUCCUGGCGCACAGCAUUCCCCUGGAGGCCAUCAUACCCAUCCUGCAGCACCUCAAAUACAAAGAACACCCCGAGGCCCUGUCCUGCCUGCUCCUGCAACUACGGCGGGAAAAACCCAGCGAGGAGAUGGUGAAGAUGGUUUUGAGCAGGCCUUGCCACAGCGAGGACCAGUUCACCACCAGCCUCCUGCGCCACUGGGCGUCCAAACACGACGACACGCUGGCCGAACACAUCAAGGCGCAGCUCAUCAAGAACAACAACCAACCGCGGAAGAGGCAGAGUCUCCGCAGCUCCAGCAGCAAACUGGCUCAGCUGACCCUGGAGCAGAUCCUGGAACACCUGGACAACCUCAGGUUGAGUCUCAACAACACCAAGAACAGCUGUCAGUACACCCGCCUUUCCGUCCGCGGACAGACAGACGGACGGUCGACCGAUGUUUCCGUGUGUUCAGUCUUCAGCCAGACGCCCAUCCUGCAGGCCCUGCAGCACGUUCAGGCCAGUUGCGACGAAGGACACAAAAUGAGGUUCAGCGACCUCUUCGCCCUGGCCGAAGAAUACGAAGAUUCGCAGGCCAAGCCGCCCAAGUCUCGGCGCAAGGCGGCCGCCACUUCGCCGCGGUCCAGGAAAGGCGCGGCGCCCCCCAGCAACAACGAGGAGGAGAGCGCGUCCAGCAGCGCCUCGGAGGAGGAAGACUCCAAGCCCAAAGCUCCCAAGAGGAAGAGGAAAUGCUCGUCGGCCGUGGCGUCGGACAGCGACUGAUCCCGUCGUGCGCCGCCGAGACCUUUUUCUUUUUUUUUGUUUUUGUUUUUGAGAACUCUUAUCGCAGAGGUUUCAGACUUGCUCCUUUUCUUUUUUAGCAGCCCUUUCCUCGGUCGCAGUAAAAGCCUUUGCAUUAAGCCGGCCACCUUUAGUCUGAUUUGGAACGCCGGCGGGUCCGCUUCCCGUUUAGCGACAUCGGGACACGCGUUAGUCGUGGCGGGCGCGUGGCCGGCCGGCCGCCUCGCACAUUUUUUGAGAGAACUUUCCCAGGCGGGAAGCGGUCGCUCACCGCGGACUCUGGUGGCGACUCCGGAAGGAAUCCCGGAUUUCCUCGUUCCGCCGCGCUCCCUUCUUGACCGAGACCGCCUCGGGAGCCCCGGACGCGGCGAAAGUGGCCGCUUCCGCUCGGCGUCCGCCGAUCGCUCUUUCAACGGGGACGGAUGCGGUGGCCAUAGCCGCCCCUCUUUUAACUUUGUUUUAAUAAAAUAAUUUGAACCUGACAUUUGUCGGCAUGACGAGACGAUCCGAAAUCGGGCCGAUCGUGUCGUUAUUCAGUGGAUCGGAACCGGGUUUUAAAAAUAUUAAAUUUUCUGUAAUCGUUGCGCAACAAAAUAAUCCAAAGGCGGCACUUUUUUCAAUGACCUUCACAGUUGAAGUUGUUUUAGACAUGUCACCAUUUCAAAGCACACUCUCUUGUAUGACAAUGUGCAGUUUGUGUUAAGACUCUUAAAGAGAAUGAUAAUACUAAGGGGCUGUGAGAUAUAUCAAUAGAACCAUUAUGUGGAAAGAUAACAAAUGUUAACAAAAAAAAGAAAUCACAUUCAUGAGCAAUUAUUGAAAACGGAUAGAAAAUGAGGAACAUUUCCAAAUGUAGCCCGGAAACAGCCGAAUGGGGCUAUGGCGUCACAGCCAGGAAGCAAAAGGUCGAGGCAGGGGCUAUCGUUGUUUAUGGAGGAGAGAAUUGCGUUGGUGUUUUAUCCAAAAAAAACGCUAAAAUGGUUCAAACCUGUCGUGCUAUGUGGUGUACAAAUAACCAUUUGUCACAAUGUAGUACCCAUGAGUUCCAGAAUGUGAGAAAAACAGCUGGACUACGUAGACAAUGGCUCAAGUUGGUCCCUGCAAAGAGGGUUCCUUUUGCAGACCCAGCCUACGGCACGUUUUUGUGUAGUGUGCAUUUUACACCUGAAAGCUAUGGACAAAUGAAAUCAGGUUUUGCUAAGAAAUUGCUGCUGAAAGCAGAUGCGGUGCCCACCGUACACGCGCAGCCUCCUAAAUGUCCCGAGAUACCAAGAAAGAGGACGAUGACUGGCACUGAUGAGACCACCCCACCAGCCCAGGCAAAGCAAAGGAGGGGAGCUGCCAAGCGGCCAGAGUGAGUACUCUAUUAUAAUAAAAAACAUGUCACGCAUUGGAUACAGGACUGGACACAUGCAUAAAUUAUCGCUCGUAAAAUAUAUACAACAAAUCCUCUAAUCCCAUUCAUAUUUUUCGUCUGUUGGCAGAGCGAAAACCUAUGAUAGCACAAUAAAUGAUCAUUCUAUAUUAUGCGGUCACGGUGUAUCAGCUUCGCAAAAAGAACCGUUUCAUCAGUGUGAUUGCUCUCCUCAAUGAUCAUUUCAUUAGGCUGCAUUGGCUUUCAUUUGGGCUCAAAUUGAUAACCCAAAACACCAAAGAAAGGUUCAUAACUCUCCUCGUCACCAUUAGAAGAACGUUUCUUAUGUCAGAUUCGUCGCUGCAACUAGAAACAAAAUUGUCCGCCAUCAUCGCUGCCUUUCAGUACUUUGUCGGGACCCAAGCACUGAGCCGCGUGUUUCCUAGUUGUGACGUCACGCACACAAUAUGCCAGUUUCGGGGAGCUCGGGCGCCAGUCGUUUUAGCUUGACAAUCGAUCCAAAUUUCGAUCAUAUUCUUGAUGUUGUGAUGUGUGCAAUUACACGAAGUGGCAUGAUAUGAAUUCAAAAGGCAUGCGGUUAUGGAUAAAUGAUGGAAUAUUAGCAUUUUCCCCAGGUGUUUUUA